AUGGGAACACCUUCAUGUUUAGACAAUCUCGAUGUGCUGAUCAUGGGUGGAGAUAAAGGUUUACAAUCAGCCAUCUUGGCUUUUGCCAAAAAGUCUUGGAUAUACUUGGAUAUACUUCUGUUGAGAGGAAAUAUGUCUGAAUUUGAUUCUUCUGAUUCCUCUAUGAAUGAAUUGGAUGAAACUGUUAAUGUUGGUGAGUCUAGUGCUAAUCCUUUGAACCUUGAAACUGAAAAUUCCAUUGAAUCACCCGCAGAAGUUGAUAAGAAUAAGAAGAGAGAUAGGUCGCUCACAUCUAAUGUUUGGGAUUACUUCAAAACAAUUGGUAAAGGAUCUGAUGGGAAAAAUAGAGCUGAAUGUCUUGCUUGUGGGAAGCAAUAUGUAUGUGGUGGUCAUGACUAUGGAACUUCAUCUUUGAGGCGUCACAAAAAUGCGUGUCAAAUGAUUCCAAAGUUUCAUGAAACUACUGCUGGUAAACUAAUGCUUCAUCAAGGUGCCAAAUUGAGAACUAGAAAAGUGGAUAACAAAGUUGUACGUGAUAUGUUAGCCAUGUCUAUCAUAGAGCAUGACCUUGCUUUCAAUUUUGUGGAGUAUAGGAGGAUUAGAGAGUUGUUGAAAUAUUUGAAUCCUGAAGUAAAGGUACCCUCUAGACGUGCUUCCACAAUAGAUAUUAUUAAGUUGUAUGAGGGAGAGAAAAAAAAAUUGAAAGAAGAGUUGGCCAAAGUUCCAAGUAGGAUAAAUUUGACUUCUGAUUUGUGGACUGCUUGUACUGCUGCUGGUUAUAUUUCAUUGACUGCUCAUUAUGUUGAUGAAAAUUGGAAACUGAAUAGUAAAAUUCUUAAUUUUUGUCAUUGUCCUCCUCCACAUUCUGGGCAAGAGUUGGCUAAGAUUGUGAAUGAUUUCUUGGUGGAUUGGGGAAUCGAGGGAAAAAUAUUCUCAUUGACUUUGGACAAUGCUAAGUCUAAUGACACAUUGGAAAAGUCUUUGAGAGAUAGGUUGAAGAAUAAUAAAAGUUUGUUAUGUGAUGGUGAAUUUUUUCAUGUUCGUUGUUGUGCCCACAUACUAAACCUCAUAGUUCAAGAUGGUUUGGAUGUUGCUAAUGAUGCUUUAUCCAAAAUUAGAGAAAGUGUCAAGUAUGUUAGGGCAACGCAAGGAAGAAGGGAUGUUUUUAAAGUUUAUGUGGAGAAACAUGGUAUUGAUAAGGAGACAAAGGUUGGUUUGCGUUUGGAUGUUGUUACUAGGUGGAACUCCACCUACUUGAUGCUUAAAAGUGCACUUGUAUAUCGACGUGCAUUUAAGGAGCUUGCUUUAGAUGAUUCACACUACAAAUCUCUCCCUAGUGAUGAAGAUUGGGAAAGAGGAAAAAAAAUUUGUGAGGUUUUGCUUCCAUUCUAUGAUAUCACAAAUAUGUUUUCUGGAUCCACUUAUCCAACAUCUAAUUUGUAUUUCAUGCAAGUGUGGAUUAUUGAAUGUUUGUUGUUUCAAAAUAAGACUCAUGAGGAUGCGGUGAUUAGGGACAUGAUAAAAGAAAUGCAGCUGAAAUUUGAUAAGUAUUGGUGUGAUUAUAGUGUUAUUCUUGCACUUGCCUCCGUUCUUGAUCCUCGCUUGAAGCUUCAAUUUUUGGAGUUUUGUUAUUCUGACAUUGGACUUGAUGCAAUUGCUCGCCAAACUAAGAUGAGGAUUGUCAAACAAAAGAUGUAUGAUCUAUUUCAUGAGUAUGUCAACAAUUUUGAUGGUGGAAGUCAAUCCACACAAGAGACAUUGGUUACUACUAGUGACAUUGCUAAUGCUUCUCAACCUAGUAGUUCUCUUACCACCAAUGUUUUGGAUGUAAAGAUUUAUCACAUAUGA